GAGAAGAUGGCUGGAUGCCAGCAGUCCCUCAGGACAGAUCCUGGCAACGAGAUCAAGUUCCUGCUUCUACCAGCCUCGAUCUCUGGGGACCCCCCAUGAAACUGCAUAAGAGGGCGAUGCUAUAUCACACCCGGUCCCCUGCUUCACCGCUCAAGCUUGCCAUCCACAUUCUCAUCCGAUCCAGCCUGGCCGAUGGACAUGGAAACUCCCCUGGAGAAAGCCCUGGCGACACUUGUGUACACCUUCCACAAAUAUUCGGGGAAAGAAGGGGAUAAGUUCACUCUGAGCAAGGGAGAGCUGAAGGAGCUGGUGAAGAAGGAGUUGGCACUCGGAGAGAAGAUGAAGGGAGGUGGAAUUGACAAGCUGAUGGGGACCCUGGACAAGAACAAGGAUGAUGAGAUUGACUUCAAGGAGUAUACGGGCUUCCUGACGGCCCUCUGCAUGACCUACAAUGAUUUUUUCCAGCAGGAUUCAAAAUAAGGGAGAGGGUGGGGUAAAUCUCCAACAGUUGGUGCCUUGCAUCAC